AUGGUUUUAACAAUGAUUUGGACAUUCAUUGAAACACUGUUUUACACACUUUUCUUGUGGACAAUCGGUAUCGCAUUGUUGGCCACUAUUGUCCACAACCGCAACAAUAUUCACAGGUUGUGGACUCGACUGACCAGAGCUAACAGUACGGCCAAUAUCUUCACAAACGAUAACUACAGACUCGGGAACAGUUCCGGUGAUCUGAGAGUCACGACAUCCGGUGUCCCGAAAACGCCUCGAUUUGCCGCUAAUUUGAUACAAAUAGUGAAUGAAUUACAGGACAAACUCAAGGGAACCGUCGCUUUAGAUUUGCCGCAAAUAGUGGUCGUCGGCGGACAGUCGUCGGGAAAGUCCAGCGUUUUGGAGAGCAUUGUUGGCCGCGAUUUCCUGCCCCGAGGCUCAGGUAUUGUCACCCGAAGACCACUCGUUCUACAACUAAUUUCCGACAAAACCAACACUAAAGAUUUCGGUGAAUUCGAUCACUUCAAGGGUAAAAAGUUUUACGAUUUCAAUGAAAUCAGGGAUGAAAUCACUGCCGAAACCAACAGAGAAGUGCCCGAAAGCGCAGGAAUAUCAUCGAAUCCAAUCACUCUGAAGAUAUAUUCCUCGAAAGUGUUGGAUCUAACUCUUGUAGAUCUGCCGGGAAUGACAAGAGUGGCCGUUGGGAACCAACCCAAAGAUAUUGAGGACAGGAUUGAGAGAAUGAUAUUGAAAUACAUUCGCGGAGAUAAUUGUCUGAUAUUAGCGGUCACUGCAGCCAAUCAGGAUUUGGCCACUUCUGAUGCUUUAAAACUCGCCGGUAAAGUGGAUCCCGAAGGCGAUCGCACUAUCGGAGUGCUCACAAAACUGGAUCUUAUGGAUGAGGGAACCGAUGCCAGAGAUAUUUUGACGGGUAAUCAUAAGAUCCAAUUGAAACGAGGGUUCGUUGGCGUUGUGUUGCGAUCGCAGAAAGACAUCGAAGCCAACAAAGACAUGAAGAAGGCUUUGGCGGCCGAACAGCGAUUCUUCGAAGAUAACCCGUCCUAUGGGCCAGAGUUGGCCAAAACAGCGGGCAAUGGUAAUGAAGUGAAUGUAAAACAGCUGACAUGUGGCGCCCGAAUCAAUGUCUUGAUGUGCGACACGUUUGCCAAAGAAGUCGAUGAUUUGGACACCGAUGACGACAGUAUGGGCCGCGAGAUCGCGAUCGCCAUCCAAAACGCCUUCGGCUCCCAUUUGGGUAUUUUCAUACCCGACGACGCCUUCACAGCCUGUGUUGUCUCGCAAAUGGAGCUAUUCAGAAAGCCAUCAAUCGUUUGCGUCGAUUGGGUCACCGAAGAGAUGGUUAAAACUGUCAAUACAUGUAUCGAUGAUAUUCACUGUUUUCCUAACUUGAAGCAAAUAUUUUCCCGUUUGACGCUUGACUUCAUUCGCGAGUGUAAUAAGAAAUGUAAAUCAUUUGUCAAUCAUUUUAUCGAUACUGAGAAAUGCUUUGUGAAUACAAUCAACGAAGACUUUCUGAAACUAAUUGGUGACGUGAAAUCCAAACCCAUAGCUGACGCCCAAUUGAAAGUGUCGGCCGAAAUGGUUGACCAGAAUUCAAAGUGCGGUUGGAUUGACUACAAUAAUAACGACCACUGGUUUGUCUUGAAAGGAACCACUCUUUUCUGGUUUAAAAACGAGUCCCAAACCGACAAAAUGGGAUCAAUUGAUUUAAAAGGCGCUCAAUUUAACGCUAAAAUAGGCAAUGACUGUAUUGUUGCCUUAAUUUUGCCCAAGAGAAUUAACAACGAGUUUGAGUUAGUGUUUCACUCGAGCGAAGAGGCGUUGAAAUGGAGACAAUGGUUAGAAGAGGCGGGGGUUAAGCGAUAUUUGUUUCAGGUUAGGGCUCAACGCAACGAUUUGGAUCAGAUGCCAUUCCUCAUGAGUGGUUCCCAAUUGAGUCUCAACGACCCCAAUGAAGACAUGGCUUAUCCCGACUAUAUGGUGGUACAGGUGGAGGAAGUGAAGAGAUUAAUCAACGCAUACAUCACUGUACUUAAGAAACACAUUAAGUUUGUCUUGAAAUCACUUGAAAAACUCAAAGACAAUCUGGCCUUUGAUUUGCCACAAAUCGUUGUUAUCGGUGAACAGUCUUCGGGUAAAUCCAGUGUUUUGGAGAGUUUUGUUGGCCACGAAUUCCUGCCGCGAGGGACAGCGUUCGGGGAAUUCCUUCAUUCGUCGGGAAAACGAUUUGAGAGUUUCAAAGAAAUACGCGAUGAAAUCACGGCUGAAACCGAUAGAGAGGUUACGGAAAGCACAGGAGUGUCAGCGAAACCAAUAAAUCUGAAGAUCUAUUCGCCGGAUGUGUUGGAUCUAACUCUUGUAGAUCUGCCGGGACUGACAAAAGUGCCCGUUGGGAGUCAGCCCCAGGAUAUUGAGGACAGGAUUCAGAAAUUGGUUUUGAAAUACAUUCGCGGAGAUAAUUGCCUGAUUUUAGCCGUCACUGCAGCCAAUCAAGAUUUGGCCACAUCUGGUGCCCUCAAACUGGCCGAAAGCGUUAAUCCAAGUGGUGACCGAACUAUUGCUGUCCUCACAAAACUGGAUCUCAUGGAUAAGGGAACCGAUGCCAGAGAUAUACUAAAUGGAAAAUACGAUACCCGACUGAAUCGAUGCUUUAUUGGUGUCGUUAAUCGAUCCCAAAAAGAUAUCAAAGAAAAUAAAGACAUUACGAAAGCGUUGACCGACGAAAGCAAGUUCUUUGCCAAACAUCCGGCUUAUGGGCCAGAAAUGGCCAAACGGUGCGGAAUUAAAUACCUUCAGGAAUAUCUACAACAGGAGCUGUCAAACCAUAUCUCCCGCAAAUUGCGGGCUUUGAAGUCCAAACUGCACUUAAAACUGAGCGAAACUAACGAUAAAUUAGAGAAAAUGAAGAAACGGUUAACAGAGGACAAUAGAGAAGUAUUUUUGUCUGAAAACAACUAUCAGUUUUUAGAGUUGUUUAAGAGUUCAAUGGGAGGAAAAGUAUGGUUAGUAAAUGUGACUGAAUUGAGCGGCGGAUCAAAGAUUAAAGAAGUGAUGAACGACACGUUUGCCCAAAACGUGGACGAAAUAAUGUGCGAUCAAAAUGGUUUGAAUGAUGAGAUCGUAAUUGCUAUCCAUAACUCUUUUGGCUCACGUAUCGGUCAUUUCACACCCGACGCCGCCUUUAAUUCAUGUGUUAUAAAGCAAAUCGAAAACUUCCGGAAACCAGCACUCGAUUGUGUAGAUUUGGUCACCAAUGAGAUCAUUGAGACAAUUAACAAAUGCACAGAAGAAAUGCAAACAUAUGAAGAAAUAAGGGACAAAAUCCGAUUUCUAACGAUUGAAUUCAUUCACACAUCUAAUAAGAAAUGUAAGGAAUUUGUCGAGCGUUUUGUCGAAACAGAGAAAUGCUAUCCGAGUAAAUGUGAUUAUGAUGAUUUGGUCAAACAAAUCGGUAGCGAAGAAAAGAUUGCGUCCAUCGCUGACGUCCCGUUGAAAGUGGCGGCACAUAUGGUUCAGCAGACCAUUCCUAAAGGCAUCAGUGAAUUAGUGGCUGUCGUCGCAUCGAGUGCUGGCGAUAUAGACAUGACAUCGAAUGCUGGCGAUAAAGACAUGGCAACAAAAGUGGACGAAGUGAAGAGAUUAGUCAAUGCAUACAUUGUUUUAAUUAAGAAGAAUUUCAAGGAUCAAUUGCCAAAAAUAUGUCAAUAUGACUUAAUAGACUCUACGUGUAAAUACAUUGGCACUAAACUUCUGGAACAGCUUCGUAAAGAGUUCCCAUCCAUUGAUGAUAUCAUAGGCGAUGAUCCCAACAAAGCCAUAAGAAUUGAAUUACAAAAUCAGAAACAACAAUAUAUUGAAGGCAUUGACAUAAUUGAAAAGUUCUCUAAACUAAAGUCUAUGCCAGCGAUGAGCAGUGCAUCACUUUUAAGGCAGAGACUGGAUGAGUCAUUUAAUAUUCAGACUCAUAAAAGUAAUUCCGACAAAGAGCUGAGGAUUGAGUUAAUGAAUAAGAAGAAAGAGUACAUCGAAGCGAUCGCUAUAAUGGAUAAGUACUCCAAAAUGAGACUUUAA